GCUGAAAUAUGAGAGGUUGCUGAAGAGCAUCGUCAUAACUGGUAUGAGGGGCUCGUUAUACUAGCUAUGUUCCUGGAACUGUCACACGUCUUCACAUUGUAUAUUCAGAGCUCUGUUGUGUGACACUCCGAGGACACCGUUAGUGACAGCAGGAGGAGGCAUAGGAAUUCAUCCUAACUCGAGGAUGGACGACAGGAGUCUAGCAUUUGUGGCUCUUUACAUUGGACUACAUAUUUGCACUGCUACAGAAUUCCCUCUCAGCCCUAGCCAGCCUCAGUGUGUCUUUAUUGCCUACUCCAACGUGACCUGCUACUGGACACCUGGACAAGGCUCUCCCUCAGACACGCGCUUCACACUGCAGGUCAACAUAACCGGAUGCGAUGACCCUGUGAUCCAUCAGUCCCAACUGUGUCAGACUGUUACCCAGACCCACUGCUCUGUUAACGUGACCUAUCUGAGCCGCUGCUACUGCAUCAGGGUCCUGGCCGACAGCCCUUACACAACAGCCAGCUCACCCAGCCUCUGCCUCAAUGCCAUAGACGCAGUGAAGCUGCCCACCCCUGUCCUCUCCAAUGUGUCAGCAGUGAGAGGCAAACCCAGAUGCCUGAAGCUGCAGUGGACUACCAAUACCAGCUUCCCGGUGACCAGAAAACAUAUCUCCAAUGGUGCUCUGGUCUUCCAGGUGCAGUACAGCACAGAGGAGCAGCCUGAGCCCAAGACAGUGAAGGUGGACCUGAGACCUGAGAGAGAGCAGGGUCUCUUUUCUGCCUCCACGUGUCUCUUCUCCGCCUCCACUCUAUAUACAGUGAUGAUGCGUUACCGAUACAAUAGUACCCUCAGCCACUGGAGCGACUGGAGCCCAACACAACAGCAGUGUACAGAGGUGGCAGCACCCUCUACUGUCCCUCAGCUAUGGAGGACCGUUCAGCUUGUAGGUGGAGCAGACCUGAGACGAGUGACUCUGCUGUGGAAGUCCCCACCCAGGAGUCAAGUGAAAUGCUCAGUCCCAUGGUUUAACGUAUCCUGCUGUACUGAGGGUUCCCAGAAUGCACUGCAUACAUGGGACUGCAAUUCCCUGAGUGUGUCCGACACUUCCUGUCAUCUGACCCUUCCCCCUGAGCGCUGCUCCUGCACACUGAGCAUGUCCAACCCUGCCGGCAUCUCUCCUCCAGCUACCAUCACAAUCCCCAGCACCACGGACACAGCACCCAAGGCUCUGGUGGAUGUCAGUGUCACAGCAUUGGAUGAUUUCAGACUGGAGGUACGAUGGACAGCUCUAGAGUCCCCAUCACUAAGCAGCUUCCUGGUGGAGUGGUGGGCUUUAUCUGAGACAGCUAGCUAUACUCCAUACUGGCAAAGACUGAGCCACAAUGCAAGCAAAAUUAUAAUCACAGAGGGCGUGUGGCCGAAACUGUGCUACAAAGUAACUGUGAGGCCUGAGUAUGAUGCAGAGACUGGGGAGGAGCUGUCAGUAGAAGCCUACACCAGGCAAGAAGCCCCCUCUGCUGGCCCCAAGCCAGUGGUGCAGGAGCUGAGCAGCCGUGCUGUUGUCCUGCAGUGGGAGCCUGUUCCCCUGGAGCAGAGGCAUGGCUUCAUCCGCUACUACACCCUCUACAUCCAGAGUGAAGAAGAAACUCCAGAGGUUGUAGUGGUGCCAGGAGACAGCCUGAGGUACCAGUUGAGUGGUUUGUCUGGACUGUACAGGAUCCACAUGGUGGCUCACACUGAUGCAGGAGGGAGUCCUCCUGGUCCAAUGCUUGAUGUGGCUGUAGGGGGCGUUGUUUUGGUGGACACCAUCCUGUGGUGUUGCAUUCCUACAGUGCUCACCGUCAUGAUACUGCUGAACUGCCUACAGUGGAGACAGAGAAUCUCAGAGGAGAGAACACCAUUUCAAAUAAAGCCCCAGUGUCCCCAUUCCCCCAGCAGGGGGCAGAAAACUAUUGAUGUUGAUUGUAUGUGGUAAUAUAAUUUCUUAUGACGUCUGAACCCUGUUCUUUGUUUUUCUGUUAUAUGUUCUGAAUUUGUUUAUGUUAUAACACACUGAGGUUUUCAUUGGCAUCUGUACAGUACUUUGAAUAUUGUUUUUAUCCAAUCAAGUUUCAUUGUGACCUGGCAAGUCAAAAUAAGGCCACUUGCAAAGUAAUUCAAGUAAUAUAUGUUUAAUCUGUUCUAUAUAUAUCCUUUAUAUGCUGUAAUAUCAUAUAAUCUACUGAUGCUACUGAUGCGUGUCUACGUAUUUACUGCAGUUUCUUUUAAGAGCUGCUGUGUUAUAAGAGAGGCUAGAAGUCAGUCAAACCAGGCUAGAACAUCUAGCCCCAGGUCUAGUGCUGAUGAAGAAACAAAAACACAAGUUAUCCCAGUUCCUCUGAGUCCUACUGUUGCUUGGUGAUGUUAAUUCUACAGUCCCAGCAGGACUUAUAAAACUCCCUUUGCUUUUGUAACUCAUAGAGUUUUAAUGUUUCCACAUACUGAGUCCAGUACACCCACACACACUUUUUUAGAGCUUUGAAUAAUGCCCACAACUUAUGGCACAUUUAAACCCAAUUUUAUUUUUACUACCCAGUGUCAACCGGUCAACCCCAGUCAUGUGUGAGUCAGCAUCCCUGGUGUUUUUUGCUCUUUCAACAGCGGGUACAGAAGGGGUUGACAGUUUGGGAGGAUAGCAUGUUGUUAAAUACUGCAUACUGAAUUAAGGGUCCGGCUCUGCAUGGUAAACUAUGCAAAUGCUUUUCAAGAAUGAGGUAUUGGCUCAGGACAAGAAAACGCUGCAUGCGAUGCCUGCUGAGGUCUGUAGCCUACUGGCUCGAGUGGAUGGAGUUUGGUUGUCAUGGAUGUCAUGUCAUGUUGUAGCAACCUUAACCUAACACCUAGCGAGCUAGUCAAGAGUAUACGACCUCAUGGUGUCACAGUUAAGGUGUUGGCUACACAGUUACUGGACCCAUGUUCGAGUCCUGAUUGGGGCUACCCCUGAAUUUGUAACGAUAAUCUUAUUACAAUGUUUAGAAUUAUAUUUAGUAAAUAAUUACUUGCUUUGAAUUCUGUGACUGAUCACUUUAGACUAAUCAUAUAACAUAUAAAAUAUAUAAAAAUGUAUUUUUUAUCAAUAUGUCACCAUUAAUGGAGAGUGCCAUGGAUUUCCCCCAAAAAUCCCAGUAGACACUGAUCUAUGGAAAUGCCCUAAAAUAUCCCCAUAAGUUUUAUGGCACAUGUACACAGUCAGUCAGUAACAGGCAACUCCCCAAUAGUCAGCUGCUAUCCACUGAGUGCACUGUAGACUACUCUGAGAAACGAACUGCUUUACCACCAGCAAGACUGACGGGGGCUGGUGCAGAGCGCAAGGAUGAGUUCUGCUCUGCUUUCCUUUAUUGUUGCUGUCAGUAGCUACAGGAGGUUUCCAUCCAAUUGGGAACAGAUUUUCAUGCAAUUAUUCUAAAAUCCGCAUAACAACAAUAUGUGCAUUUUCCCACGAGAUGUUUCCAUCAUUUCCAUUGACUUGUUGUGAAUAAA